AUGGCGGAAAGCAAUUCCAGCAUAGUAGAUAGGGCCAACAACGAAAAGGCCCUGUCAUCUAGCUCGGGCAGCUCUAUCGAAGAUUCACACUCGAUCGCUGCCGCCGACCAAGAAAAGACCCACGACCUUACUCAACAUACAACCGCUCUAUCUCGACACAAUGAGGCUGUGGAGAAGAUUCAGACCCGAGAGGAUGGAACAGAAUAUCCAACAGGAGCAAAGCUAGUAUUAAUCGCCCUAGCGUUAUGUCUAAGUGUAUUCUUAAUGGCCCUUGACAACUCUAUCAUCACAACCGCCAUUCCCAAAAUCACAGACGCUUUCCACAGCUUACCCGAUGUAGGCUGGUAUGGAAGCGCGUACCUUCUAACCACUGCAGCCCUACAACUCCUCUUCGGCAAAUUCUACACUUUCUUAAGCAUAAAAUGGGUAUACUUGACCGCAAUCGGAAUCUUCGAGCUCGGAAGCUUGAUCUGCGGUGUGGCACAGAACUCGGUCACGCUGAUCAUCGGUCGUGCCGUUGCCGGCUCCGGUUCCGCUGGUAUCAUGUCCGGCGCUCUGCUUAUCCUCGCUCACAGUGUCCCGCUGGCUAAGCGGCCCAUGUACACGGGCCUGAUCGCCAGUAUGUAUGGUGUGGCAUCGGUGGCUGGGCCUUUGCUCGGGGGUGUAUUCACGGAUAAAGUGACAUGGAGAUGGUGUUUCUACAUCAACCUACCAAUCGGCGCCGUGACCAUCCUCGUCAUUCUCCUAUUCUUCCCCGCGCCAGUCCAAGCUAUUCCCAAGGACGAAACACUAAUGGAGCGCUUCAAGCGCUUCGAUCCCAUCGGCACAAUCCUAUUCAUGCCUGCCAUCAUCUGCCUUCUCCUAGCUCUGCAGUGGGGUGGUACCAAGUACCCAUGGAGCAACGGGCGCAUCAUCGGGCUCUUCGUCGUAUUCGGCGUCCUCUUCAUCGCAUUCCUAUACGUCCAACACAUCCAACAAGAAAACGCGACCGUACCUCCCCGCAUCAUGAAGAAGCGCACGAUCUGGGCCAGCAGUCUCUUCUCCUUCGGUGUCGGCUCCGGGUUCUUUAUUUUUAUCUACUACGUCCCGAUCUGGUUCCAAUCCGUCCAAGGCGUUAGCGCCGUCGAAUCCGGUAUCCGCAACUUACCUAUGCUGAUCAGCGUCGUUGUAUUCGCCAUGGGUGCAGGUGUUCUAGUCACAAUUUUUGGGUACUACGCGCCGUUCAUGAUUAUCGGAACGGUGCUUAUGUCGAUCGGUGGCGGUUUACUGUCUACCUGGAAACCCGAUGCUAGCUCCGGUGUCUGGAUCGGAUACCAAAUCCUCUUCGGCGCUGGUGUCGGUAUGGCUAUGCAGCAACCCCUAAUGGCCGUACAGACCGUACUGGAUAUCAAGGACGUACCUACGGGUACCUCGAUCCUAGUCUUCGUGCAGACUGUCGGUGGCGCUCUAUUCGUGAGUGUAGGCCAGACAGUCUUCAGCAACAAGCUCGUUCAAGAACUAGCCGCCAACGUCCCUAGCAUCGACCCCAACGUGAUUCUCAAUGCCGGUGCGACAAACCUACAGCACAGUCUACCAGCCGAUGUUAUUCCCAACGUGAUAAUAUCAUACAGCAAUGCUUUGACAACAGCGUUCAUCGUUGGUACGGCUCUAGUCGCUUUCACUAUUUUCGGUAGUGCGACGAUUGAGUGGAAGAGCGUCAAGGGCAAGAAACUCGAGCCCGUCGCUGUAUAA